UUGUCUCGCGCGAGCGUGUCUCCAGACGGCUUUGGGGCUGCUGUGGCCGGGCAAGAGGACUUGCAUGUGUCGCUUCAGCUGGCGGGAGCGGAGGCGGCGGGGGCUGUGCGACCGGCUGGGUUUGUGAGAUGGCUGCUGACAUUUCUGAAUCCAGUGGGACCGAUUGCAAAGGCGAUACGAGGAACAGUGCCAAGUUAGAUUCCGAUUACCCUCUUCGAGUCCUUUAUUGUGGAGUUUGUUCAUUACCAACAGAGUACUGUGAAUAUAUGCCUGAUGUUGCUAAAUGUAGACAAUGGCUAGAGAAAAAUUUUCCAAAUGAAUUUGCAAAACUGACUGUAGAAAAUUCACCCAAACAAGAAGCUGGCAUUAGUGAAGGUCAAGGGACAGUAGGGGAAGAGGAGGAGAAGAAAAAACAAAAGAGAGGGGGAAGAGGUCAAAUAAAACAGAAGAAGAAGACAGUACCACAGAAGGUCACAAUAGCCAAAAUUCCCAGAGCGAAGAAGAAAUACGUGACCAGAGUGUGUGGCCUUGCAACAUUUGAAAUUGAUCUCAAAGAAGCACAAAGAUUUUUUGCUCAAAAAUUCUCCUGCGGUGCCUCAGUAACAGGGGAGGAUGAGAUCAUCAUUCAGGGAGACUUCACAGACGACAUAAUUGAUGUCAUUCAGGAAAAGUGGCCAGAGGUGGAUGAUGACAGCAUCGAAGACCUUGGAGAAGUGAAGAAGUGAUUCUGGAGUCACGUGUGUCUGAGCUGACCUGAGAGUUGACACAGCCUUUCAGAAAUAUAUACAUAUGUAUAUAUGUGUACAUAUGUGUCCUACAGUAAAACUGUAGACUCCUCAUCUUUGGCGUUCUCAUUCUUCUGUACAAGGCUGCUUGGUUUGUUUAUGGUUUUUGUGUUUUGUUUUUUUUGUUUUUUUUUUUUAAUUGCCAAAGUCCGAUAAACAGAGAGAGAGAGCGAGAGACUGUCAUGCUUAUGCAUGAAUCUGAAUUUAGUCAAAUAAAACAUUUUGGUUAUUUGGUACUGAUUUUUCUUUUUUUAACUUUUUAUUUUAGAAAAACACUGUAGCCUCUUCCCUUCUUCUUGGUGCUGUCAAUGGGACUCAGGGCCUUGUGCAUGCUAGGAAAGCAAAUUGCCACUGAACUAGACUCUUGGCACCCAAACCUUCUCUUUUUUUUUCAGGAAGUGUUUCUGUUAGUUAUCUUACUGGGAGAAAGCUGAGUGACUUUUCAAAAGAAUCUGUUUUUCAUUUACUUACUAGAAGUGUGUCCUUGGUUGGUGAGAAUCCAAUGGGCCUUUGGUUGGCUUAGUUCCUUCAUUAACGACAAAGUCCACUGUGUUGAUAUAAUGAGCAACAGAGUGGGUAGGUUUGCUCAAGUCAUUCAGGAGAUUACUUGCUAAAGUACAUUAAAAGCCUUAAAACCAUGUACACUGUGACCCAGUAAGCCCCUUCAGCACUGUCUUAAGGGACAAAUCUUGUAUACAACUCAUGGAUGAGGGUGCCAUUUAUAAUGUUACUGAUGAUGUUAGAGUUCAUGAAUACAGAACUGUUAAAUGCUGGUGUAUCUUGUGGUAGGAUACUGUGUAUUUGAAAAAGCUUUUCCCAGGAAUAUUAGAAAUCUGCUCGGUAAUGUUGAGUAGGGUCAGACCACAAAUUUGUUGUAGACAUUCGUUUUUGUUACGAGUUGAAGGAUGCUCAGAGAGGCUGGGAAUUCUUGUUCUAGCUAUAUACCACAUGAGUAAAAUUCUAGCCAAUUAAAAACGGAAUAUAUCUGUUCUCAGUCUACAGUUUUAGAAGUAGCAAUUAAACUAACUUAUGGAGAAACUGAUCAUUUUAAUGAAUGCACUGGGUGAAAUUAAACAUUGGAAAUCAGGUGUUACAUGUGAAAAGGCUACAGGUAUGAGAAUAUAUAUGGCUGGGCAGUACAAGUGCUUGCCCAGCAUGUACAAGGCCCUUACAUUCAACCCGUAGUGUCACAAAAAUUGUAUAGAUACUUUAAGAAUUUAGAAUUCAUGAAAUUGUCAAUUAUACAAAUAUAUUCUUGAAUGAAAGGGUGUUUUUUAAUUUUUCUUUAUUUAUGUGCAUUGGUGUUUUGCCUGCAUGUAUAGCUGUAUAAAGGUGUUGAGUACUCUGGAACUGGAGUUACAGACAGUUGUUAGCUGCCAUGUGGUUACUGGAAUUGAACCCAGAUCCUUUGGAAGAACAGCCAGUGCUUUUAACUGCUGAGCCAUCUCUUCAGUUCUGAAAGGGUGUUUAGAAAAAAAGUCUUAGAAACAAAUGCAUAAUUAAGAUGUUAGCUUAAAAGCAAAAUUCUUUAAUAACUGAAUUUUGCCAAGUACGCUUACUUGGCAAAGCAAAUGUACCGGUCACGGCCGUUUGGUGAAUGUUCUGUUGGUAUUUUUCUUGGCGCUCUAAGAUCCCCAUGUAUGUACACAUAAUGUUCAUGGAAAAGGCACUUUAAUGUCCACAGUUCUAAUUUUAAAAAGGGGGGGAGAUAUGCCCCCCCCAAGGGUACAGUGCCCAAGAGACCAGAAGAACCUGUAGGGGUCCCUGGAACUGGAGUUAUAGGUGGCUGUGAGCUGCUCAUUUGCAUACUUGGUAUGGAACUUGAGGCCUCUGCUAGGGGAGCAAGCACUCUUAACCACUUGAGCAUCUUUCCAGCUCCCAAACGGUUUUUGAAAAGUGCUUUUUCAGUUCUUAUAUAGCUAUCAGCAGAUGUUACUGCCAGAAAAUGAAGAAUUAAAAUGCCCUUACUGAUAAAAUGAAUGUUUUCCUGUGACUUGAAAUUCAAUGUACCUCAACAGUUCAAAAAUUUGACUUUAAUUGUCACUUUUUUUUUAAUGUUACAUUUUUAUUUAGUGUGUAUGUAUGUAAUAAAGUGUUUGUUUCACAA